GGAAUUUUCUUGGAAAUGGACGGCCUUAUCAAGACGGAGAAGAAGUUGUCGUUCACAAUUGAAAACAUUCUGAGCAAGUAUCCGAGCAGCAGCGUGGAAAAACAGUCCUGUGGAACAAGUGGGUUUAAGGAGACCAAGUCUGUGCAUCACACCUGCCUGUGCUGCUGUUACUGCUCCCAUUGUGCCGACAUUUUCCACCCUGAUUUCAUUCAUGAAGCCUGCCAGUUUGGAUGGAGCUCAGCGAUGCUCUCAGAGUCCUGCAGGCUGGGAGACGCUCACAAGGAGGAGCAGGCGUCCGGUCAGGUGCAGAGGAGAACCAGACGUCACCGCACGAUAUUCACCGAGGAACAGCUGGACGCGCUGGAGGAGCUGUUUCUGCAGAAUCAGUAUCCAGAUGUGAACACGAGAGAGAAGCUUGCACAGCGCACUCACCUGAGAGAAGAAAGAGUAGAAGUUUGGUUUAAAAACCGAAGAGCGAAGUGGAGACGUCAGAAAAGAUUUUCAUUCGUUGUGGGAACUACAGAAAACUAA